AUGUGGGAGAUGGGGCUAGUUGCCCUAUCCCGCCUCCCAAAAGUCGUUAACAGAGUCACCAAUUGUGGAGGAACCGACGUCUUGCUAAAAAAGCUCUGGUGGCAGCCACUGAGUCCAAAGUCUCCUACUCGACAAUCCGCCGAUGUCUCCGCGCCCACAACUUACGCAAAUGGAAAGCACAAAAGAGAAUACCUCUCUCCAAGUAAGAUGCUCGGCAGAGCAAAUAUUACGAUCAUGGUAUGGGCAACGGUAUGGAGAGGUGGUCGGAGUGACAUUGUCAUUAUGGAGAGGGAUGAAGAUGCCCCUCGCAAGGGGUAUACCGCCAACUCGUAUCAGAAGGCUCUCCAAGAGGGUCUUCUACCUCAUUAUGAUGGUACAAGGCAUUUCCAGCAAGAUAACGCAAAGAUCCAUGUCGCUGAAUUGACUCGGAAGUGGCUUGCUGAGCGUGGAAUCGAAUGGAUGUAUUGGCCUGCACAUAGCCCGGAUCUCAACCCCAUUGAGCAUGUUUGGGCAGCUCUGAAAAGGAACCUGAGGAAGAUGUUCCCUGAUCUUUGGGAGCUCAAAAAGAACGCACUUGAUGUCGAAGAGUUCAAGGAGAAACUGAGGGCGGCGUGGAGGGCGAUAGAUCAAGCCCUGAUUGACAGGCUGAUUGACUCGAUGCCUCGUCGACUUGCUGCCGUCAAAAAGGCUCGGGAAAUGCAGGCGGCUGGGUUUUGGUGGGGCGUAUGGAGACUUUUGAACCCCAAAUGUCAUCACGUGAGCUGGAUCGGCCUUGUGCACAGUACGCCGAUGCUAUGCGCUCACGAUGCUGCUCAGCCACUGGUUCGCACCUCCUCUUCGGCUACCGACAGCCGCCAUCAAGCCCUUCUCUUGCUCAUUGAUGGAUUGAUCAACACCUACAAAAUGGCGAGGUAUGCGCUGCUUUCACGUCGACUGCUGGCCAGCCGGCCGUAUGUACGCAAUGCCCGGACAUUCGCGACAGCAUCCGAUCAGCAGCGCGCCUCAUCUGACUACCGCGUGAAGCUCGUCGAGGUCGGACCCCGCGAUGGCCUCCAAAACGAGAAGCGCGCCAUCCCGCUAGCAACUAAGCUCGAAUUGAUUGAGCGCCUGGCGAAGACGGGAUUGACCACCAUUGAAGCCGGUUCAUUUGUCUCGCCCAAAUGGGACAAACCGGCGCUCGAAAUCGCCGUGUUCGCCUCGGCAACCGAGUCCUUCUCGCAGCGCAACCUCAACUGCGACAUCGCCACCUCGCUCGCCCGCUUCCGCGACGUCAUCCAGGCCGCCAAGGACACCCACGCCCUGCGCGUGCGCGCCUACAUCUCGGUCGUGUUGGGGUGCCCCUUUGAGGGGUACGAUGUAGACCCGCACCGCGUCGCGCACGUCGCGACGGAGCUGCUGGAGAUGGGAGCGGAUGAGAUCGCGCUGAGAGAUACGACCAGAGAUGGGGACUGCGCCGAGGACGCGUUGGUGAAUACCGCGGUUGCGUUAGAGCAUGGGAUCAGGACGUUUGAUUGUAGUGUUGGUGGGCUUGGGGGGUGUCCGUACUCGCCGGGGGCGACGGGGAAUGUGGCGACGGAGGAUGUGGUGUAUUUUAUGGAGACGUUGGGGAUGGAUACGGGCGUGGACUUGGAUGGGGUGGUGGAUGUGGGGGAGUGGAUUACGCGCGAGAUUGGGAAGGAGAAUGCGAGUACGGUUGGGAAAGCCGUUCUCGGGGCGCGGAAGAGGACCGAGGCGGAUAAGGAGACAGCGCGCUUGGGCGGCGAAGUGAACAAGCAGAUUUGUCUUUAA